AUGGCUUCAAUCCGGCGAACUCUCUCGCCGGUGUAUCACGAUCGCCCGUACGAGAAUGGCGGUGCACCAUUCUCACCCUCUUCUAUGUCAUCCCCGUCUCAAAAGAGUAGCAGUAAACAUAGUUCCUCGCAAUUUCUCUCAUAUCUCGCCAAGCUUUCCGGAGCAACUUCUGACCUUAAAAGCUCGCGCAGAGGCGGAUGGCGGCGACCGUUUUACCAAUUCCUCGCUUUCUUUCUUCUCGGAUUUCUAUUAGGCAUGACACCGUACGGACAAAUGGAGGAUGUGAACGGUACCGAUCGCUUCUCCUUCGAGAUCAAACCGCCGCCGAACGUUGAAGAACGGAAAGAGAAUUCCGUAGAUGGGGUAAGUUUUGUGGCGGAGAGUGAAACUGGGAAGAAGGAGGAUUUCAAUAUUGUGCCGAGGAAGCUCGUAAUUGUGGUCACACCAACGUACAACCGAGCGAUGCAGGCGUAUUACUUGAACAGGGUUGCUCAAACGCUGAGGCUAGUGGAGCCGCCUGUGCUAUGGAUAGUGGUGGAGGGCAAUGCAGCGUCGUUUGAGACCUCGGAGAUUCUGAGGAAGACAGGUGUAAUGUACAGACACUUGGUUUGCAAGAGGAAUAUGACGAGUAUCAGGGACAGAGGAGUCCACCAGAGAAACACUGCCUUGGAACAUAUCGAGUUGCACAAGCUCGAUGGAAUUGUAUACUUCGCCGAUGAUGACAAUAUCUACACGCUUGAGCUCUUUCAAAGCCUAAGACAAAUCAGCCGAUUUGGAACAUGGCCUGUUGCGAUGCUGGCGCCAAGCAAAAACAAGGCCAUCCUAGAAGGUCCAGUAUGCAACGGAAGCCAAGUAAUUGGAUGGCACACAAAUGAAAAGAGUAAAAGACUACGUAGGUUUCAUGUUGAUAUGUCCGGCUUUGCUUUCAACAGCACUAUACUUUGGGACCCUAAAAGGUGGCGACGUCCCUUUACUCAUCCAACCCGCCAACUAGACAAUUUGAAGGAAGGCUUCCAAGAGACGACAUUUAUAGAGCAGGUUGUGGCAGAUGAAAGCGACAUGGAAGGUGUUCCACCAGAUUGCUCGAGGAUACUGAACUGGCAUCUUCACUUGGAUGCUCGGGAUGUCCCUUAUCCGCAAGGGUGGACGAUACAAAAGAAUCUGGAAGCUCUCAUAACUGUGAAAUAG